ACACACGCACGCACACACACACACACACACACACACACACACAACCACCACCACCACCACCACCACUAUGACUAUCAAGUCACGUUGGGACAUUCCCAUCCCACGCUGCUCCCUGCAGCAAUGGAUCUUUGGCUCCUCGCGCGAGCCCCUCCCGUCCCAGAGGGUACUCAUGGACGCCGACCGCCCGGAUGAGAGGUUCCUGACCAAGGCCGAGUACAGGCUUCUCGCCAAGCGCGUCGCCCUUGGCCUGCAGCGCGCCGGGCUCAAGCCGGGGGAUCGCGUCCUCGUCUUUUCGGGGAACAGCGUCUGGCUCCCCGCCAUCUUCGUCGGCGUCCUCAUGGCCGGCGGCAUCUUCACGGGCGCCAACCCGGGCUACGUCAUGCGCGAGCUCUCGUACCAGCUCCGCGACAGCGGCGCCUCCUUCCUGCUCACCUCCCCGGAGGGCAUGCCCGUGGCCCUCGAGGCCGCCGCCGAGGCUAAGCUGCCCCGCGACCACAUCUACCUGUUCGACCCGGCCCUGGACCCCAAGGUUGCCGACCCGAGCCCCCCGGCCACCACGGUCGACUGCGCCGGCGCGAGGCACUGGGCCGAGCUGCUCCGCGACACCCUCGCCCGCGCCGAGGGCUGGGACUGGGCCGAGCCGGCGGACCCGGCGUCCGUCACGUGCUGCCUUAACUACAGCUCGGGCACCACGGGCGUGCCCAAGGGCGUCGAGAUCAGCCACGGCGCCUACGUGGCCAACUGCGAGGGCGUCCUCUACGUGAACAGCCUGGACCCCACGGCCGCCGAGCGCGAGGCCCGCGACCGCGCCCUGUGCUUCCUGCCGCUGUACCACGCCUUCGCCCAGACCUACUUUAUCGCCAGCCACCCGCGCCUCGGCACGCCCGUCUACAUCAUGCCCAGCUUCGACUUCCCCAAGAUGUUGAGCCACGUGCAAAAGUACCGCAUCAACACACUCACCCUCGUGCCCCCCGUCGUGGUCGCGCUAGCCAAGCACCCGCUCGUGCGCCAGUUCGACCUCAGCUCCGUCGAGACCAUCGGCUGCGGCGCCGCGCCGCUGGACCAGAAGACGGCAGAGGAGUGCUCCCGCGCCGUCUCCCCGGCCGGCAACGUCCUCGUGCGCCAGGGCUGGGGCAUGACGGAGCUCACCUGCACCGCCAUGGGCUGGAACCCGACGGGCGCCCGCUCCACGGCCGCCGUCGGCGAGCUGCUGCCCAACGCCAGGGCCCGCCUCGUUGCCACCGACGGGUCCGGCAAGCUCGUCACCGAGGCCGGCAAGCCAGGCGAGCUUUGGAUCUCGUCCCCCAACAUGAUGAGGGGCUACUGGAACAACCCAAAGGCCACGGCCGAGACGGUCGUGAUCGACCCCGAGGACGGCUCCCGCUGGCUCCGCACGGGCGACAUCGCCUACAUCGAGGAGUACGCUCCCGGCGGGGCCUUCCACAUCGUCGACCGCCUCAAGGAGCUCAUCAAGGUCAAGGGCAACCAGGUCGCGCCCGCCGAGCUCGAGGCCCUGCUGCUCGAGAGGUCCGACGUCGCCGACGCCGCCGUCGUCGGCGUCACCAUCGCCGGCGAGGAGCUGCCCCGCGCCUACAUCGUGCCGUCCCCCGCCGCCCCCAAGCGGCCCGACCCGGCCGAGAUCGCCGAGUGGUUCGCCGCCAGGGUCGCGCGGUUCAAGCAGCUCAAGGGCGGCGUCGUGUUGACCGACGCCAUCCCCAAGAACCCUUCUGGCAAGAUUCUUCGCAAAGCCCUGCGGGAAAAGGCCAAGGCCGAGGUUGCCGAUCUCAACUCGCGGCUCUGAGUCUGUAAUCUUCUGCUACAAGUCGUAAGCUGGAACUGAGCGCGUUUGUCUUUUUUAUCCGGUUUUCUUUCUAAAUCUUGAAGAGCGAGCCAUGGAUCGCGCUCUUGCUUCCACACCUUCUCAAAAUCCGAGUUUUUCGCGCUGGCCGUCGGCUUUCUCUUUGGGCGGAUCAACCAUUUGACCACUUCUGCUGACGUAGAUCUGUAGCCAGUGCCUUGCUUGCUACUCCCUGCUACUCAUUUUAAGCGUCUGACGCUCUCUGUGCUAGCGGUGAAUACUCUAGUGGUAUAUUUAUCCAUGUUGUUCUUGUGCCGGCCGUUACUUUUUGGUGUUCCUCUCACACUAUGAAUCGUUCUUGCAGCCCCAAAGGGCCCCCAUCC